CGGACUUUCCUCUCCAGUCUACCGGGCAGAGGAGGAAGUUGAACCGCGCCGGAAAAAAACAAGCGGAGAGUUUCUAUUUGAGAAACUUUUUAAAACCGAUCUCCCCAUUCUCCUUCGAACAGGACGUUAAAAACAAAGAUGUCCGUCCACUCGAACCGGACGACUACGACGAGCUACCGGACCGUAAACGUGGCCUCCUCCCCGCAGCCCGCCCGGGCCGGCACGGUGUCCUCCAGCGGCUCGGUGUCCUCCAGCGGUUCGUUGUCCUCCAGCGGCUUGGUGUCCACGGGGCAGCCCCUGGUGCAGCAGACGGCGCUGAACGGCUCCUACGAGACGAUGCGCUACCUGGUCCCGGUGCAGCAGCAGCAGCUGCGGGCGCAGCAGCACUCGUUCGUCCCGGUGCAGCAGCAGCAGCACUCGUUCAUCCCGGUGCAGCAGCAGCAGCAGUCGUUCAUCCCGGUGCAGCAGCAGCAGUCGUUCAUCCCGGUGCAGCAGCAGCAGCAGUCGUUCAUCCCGGUGCAGCAGCAGCAGCAGCAGUCCUACUACAUCAUGCAGCGGCCCAUGGUGCAGCAGAUGGUGGCCCCGGUGUACCUGCAGACUCUCCCCCGCAUGAGCAACAGCAGCCUGGAGACCAGCGACGUGACGGUUCACCUGCAGAGCCCGGCGCAGAGCCCCAGCAGGAAGUCGUUCGUGUUCAGCCAGUCGUCCAGUCCCAUCAAGAGCCCCGAGCCGAGCGCCGAGGAGGAGGAGGAUGAAGAAGAAGAAGAGGAGGAGGAGGAGGAGGAGGAGGGGGUGGUGGUGGUGGAGGAGGUGGAGAUCAUCAACACCGUUCAGCACAAGCCGCCGCUGACGAGCCAGAAGAUCUCCACGAUGGAGGUGAAGACCGAGCUGAGGGAGAUUCCGCAGCCCAACAAGAUGGACACGCGCUACUUCGGCGAGCUGCUGGCCGAGGUCUACCGGAAGAACUGCGACAUCCACUCCUGCAUCUCCGAUCACGUGUCCAAGAUCCCGGGACAGAAACACCUGCUGGAUCCCUCCAGUGACUACAAGGUGGAGAAAGAGGAGGUGGAGGCUUUGCUGCCCAAAGGAGCCACUGAACUGACCAAACAACAAAUCCGCUACCUGCUGCAGACUCGUCUCACGGCGGAUAGGAGCAUGCGUCUGCUGCUCUCCACCUUCAGCAGCUUGAGGGAGGACCUCCUCCACAUGUCCGAGGACCUGCGGCGUCUGGAGAGCGAGAAGGAGUCUCUGGAGAGAGAUCUGAGCUUCAAGGCAGACCAGGCGAAGCAGUACGACAGCCUCCUGGAGGCCGUCCGGGAAAACAACCGACAGCUGCAGGUGUCUCUGAGGGAAACCAGCAGCGCCCAGCGCUCCCUGGAGAGCCAGCUCAUGGGCGCCAGGAGCGACGAGUCGACCCGAGACUUCCGGCUGCAGGAGAUGGAGGGCAGGAUGAGCGCGCUGGAGAGCGAGAACGAGAUGCUCCGACACAAGCUGGCCGGCCAAGGCAGCAGCAGCAGCGCCAGCCUGCAGCUGAAGACGGAGGAGCUGUCCCGUCAUUACAACGACCAGCUGAGCUCCAUGAGAGAGGAGAAGGACCGCGAGAUACAAAGGCUGCGGAGCCAGAUAACGAGGAUGGAGAUCACCACCACCACCACCGAGAGGUCGUCCUCGGACAGCAGCCUCCAGCUGAAGAUCUCCGAGCUGCUCGCCACGCUGCAGCAGAGGCAGACGACCAUCACCAGGAUGGAGGAGGAGAUCCAGAAGCUGAUGCGGGAGAGGAACGACAGCACCAAGGGCCAAGUCACCAGAACCACCAUCACCAACAGGUACAGCAACAAGUACCCGCUCCUCGGUCUGCUCGGCGACGACUACGACUGCAGCUCGUCCGUCAGAGAAGGCAAGACCGUGGUCAUCGAGAGAAGCAACCAGGUGGUCAGGAACUGAACAGGAAUGAUGGAGCAAUAAGAAGACCCAGGAGCCCCCCUCCCACCCCCUCCUCCCACUGCCCCUCGUCCUGGGGGCUCCCCGGGGUUGGUGGCGGGUAAAAUUUAAUAUAAUAUUGUAUAAUAAGGUUUCAGUUGGUUGCCAUCUUCUAACUCGCCGCUAGAUGGCGCCCACAUUCUACACACUGGCCCUUUAAGUGAAGGUCAAAGCAUCUCAGAUGACCAAGGGUCUUUUGCCCUAAAGCCAGCUGCUGAUUGGCUGCCGUAGAAACUAAAUACAACGUGAGAGAUGAUGUAAUGCGAAAUGUGUUUUUUGAAUAAAACUUUUCUCCUCUCUUAACACGCGUCUAAGUUUAACUCCUCUGACUAAUUACCACUGGGGAAAAAAAGCAAUUUAGCUUUAGAGGACAAAGGUCCGCUUGCAGUUGUCCUUCUGCACGUCGACCUGCGUGUGGCACGAGAUUCUCCUCAAAGGGAUGAAAAGGUGUUUCUAGGAUGUAAAUAUGUAUAUUUAUAUAGAGCUAUUGUAGGUUGGCCGCGCCCAGUUCUCCUCCUGCACUGGGGAACAUUUUAGAUGAAUCAAUCAUCAAUCAAUCAAUCAAUAAUGGGUUUUGUUUUGUUGUGUUGUUGAUUAGUCGAUUCGUUGUGGGGUUUAAUGAUGGUGGAAGAAAAUGCUACAAGCACAAUAUUGUGUAAACCGUUUGUUGAGUUUAUGUGUGUUCAGGCUCUUUAGCGUGUCUACGUCGACGUGUCCACAAGGUGAGAUGCUCCACAGCACAAACCACACCUCUGAUUGUGAUUAAAAUCACUGUGUCUAUGCAAAAAAA